AUGCCAUUGGGAAGGCCGUUCAAAAUACGGGAUGCCCUUUGGGAGGCCGUUGAUGCCACGGGGUUUGUUGCGACAGUCUUGAACGUCGACUCCAUGUCUAACUUGCGUGGGCACAAGAGCCGUUUAACAUCAGCGGUCGGUACUCUUUCAAAGACAAUUUCCUCUGUCGAUUUAACUUAUUUAACUUCCUUAGAUACUUCAACGGCACCAGAGAUCCAGCUCCGAGAGAUCAUCCGUCGCAGAGCAACAAUUACUGGCAAAAAGUUUGCCAUCCAACGUGCGUUGGAAGUCGUGAAAGAGCGCUACAAUGCUCUCAUGCUUUUUGUGCAAAGUCGGGAAGAUAGCUCUUCGCUAAGCGAAGAAAUCGAUCAGUUUUGGAGCCAACUUUAUGGCGAAAAGUUUGAGCAAGACGCGACAGAAACAAUACUGGCGCUCGACACCCAACUCACCAUAGACGAAGCGUUAGAAACAUCACUUCGAUCACAGAUUACAGAAAAUAUCACGCACGCCGCAGCAACUCUUGCUAUUUCAGAUUCUCCUGGUCGCCUCAAUUCGUCUAGCGACCCCCCGUCGGAAUCUAACAGGGAAAAUCCGCAUCAGCCAUCGUUUAACUACUCCACCCCUCAUCAGUCGAUUCCUCUCGUUAAUAAACUUGAGCACAGAUCAGGCAAGAUUUGGACGCUCCCAGAGCUUCUGGAUGGCUUCAAUGAAGUCAUCGAGGAACUUGAACAGCUGGAAGAUCAUCAGGUUGGUAAAUCAACGGUUCAAGAGUUUAGUGUCAAUUCAAUUACCCGUUCUCGUUCAAGAUCCCCUUCUUACAAAGAUCAUCGUUACCGUUCACCCAAUUACCGUUCUGAGGGCAGUACGUCGCCAACACAACACAGAUCCCGCGGUGUUAAAACCCAUUCGGUUCGUUUCACUACACUGGAAAGACGCAAGGACUCGCCGCAUCCCAGCAAAACUUCUGCGCCACGUGAACAAGGAACGUCGGUCCACUAUGUUUCGGGAUCGGAGCGAGAAUAUGAGUCAUCUGAUCACCAAGACGAUAUGACGCAAAAUAUACAACUUGUCGCUGCAAUUAAUACGCCGAAAAGUUGCACUUUGAUGACCGUCCAGGCGUCCAUCCUCAAUCCUAAGACAAGAAAACAACGCCCUGUCGUUAUUCUGCUAGACACUGGAGCACAAACCAGCUUUAUCAGUAAAGCAGCAGUCGAAGAACAUCAGCUUGACGUGUUUGAGCAAGAUCUACUUACCACAUAUUCGUUUGGAGCUGUGAGCACAACAGAACACUCUGGCAAGUCCUACAUCACUUUAAUUGAUCGACACAAUCAGCCGAUAUCGCUUGUGCUGCACACCAAAGAUAGGCUUACUAUUCCAUCUCCACCGACUCGUUUAACGGAAGAAGAUCGCGAAAUCCUUCGUUCACUCAAUGUGUCGCUGCAUUCGCUUACAGCCGAUCGAAGUUUUUUCGUUGAACUCAUGCAACACAAACCUGUCGUCAUCAAUAGCAUCUCCAUCCAAAGCGAUACUGACCCCAUUUCUCGUUUCGAUAGCCUCGACAUCAUCGGCAUUACUGACAAUCCUGACCCACUCUAUGACCAACACGAAGACGCAAAAGUUUUGCAACGGUUUCAAGAAACCGCUCAGGUAAUAAACGGACAUCUCUACGUACAGUUCCCCUGGAAAAGUUCGCACCCUCGACUCGCUAACAACAAGUCGCUCGCUCUAAAGCGUCUUGAAAGUCAAUACCGAACACUCAGUGCCAAAUCAGCUCUAUGGCAACUCUACUCGCGCACAGUUCAGGACUAUCUGCAGAAAACGGAAACAUACGAGAAGAAGACAGAAGAGAAAACCAUCGUACAGAUCACCACAGAUGCUAUACAUUCCGCAUCAACGCCGCCUAACAACGGAAUACGCGACAGACGAACUCGAGGAUGUCGUGCCUCAUCACACAACGAAUAA